CAACUCCCAGCUUGUGCCGCGUCACGCCCAAGUCCUGGCGGUCAUGUGAUCGCUGUUCACGUGUCCCCGCAGCCGGCUCGGGAAUGAAGCACCGUAGGAGUUGAGUCAGAGCUGCUCAGUUCCCUUCACUCUGCUGACCAGCACAGAAACAGCCCGAACUCUUCUCUCUGCUGACAGCAGAUUUUAGGUAAAGUCUUGAGAAAGAAGAAAUCGGGGCUGGAGAGGAAAGCGGGAAGAAUCAGAUCUCAGAUCUCUGGAGAGAAGGAGCUGUGAGGAGCAGCCCCACCUCCACCAUAACAGACAGGUGGAAAGAGCAGGUUGAGAAGAGCCAGAGCACACAGGCCUCCCAGGAUAACAGCCUUCAACAGGCUGGUGCUGCCCUCCAGCUGCAGGUGUCCCCUCAGCCGCCCCAGGGAUGUGGUGGUGAGGCAGCACCCGCAGACCCUGCCAGAAGAGGGCUCCCAGGGCCAUGGCUCAGGUCAGCAUCAACGCUGACCAUGGCGAAUGGAGUUUGAGCACGGACGCCGGGGAGCGGGCCCGCCUGCUGCAGAGUCCCUGUGUGGACACGGCCCCCAAGAGUGAGCGGGAGGCCUCUUCUGGGGAUCUGGGCAGAGGCACCACUUCCACGCUUGGGGCCGUCUUCAUCGUCGUCAAUGCCUGCCUGGGUGCAGGGCUGCUGAACUUCCCAGCCGCCUUCAGUACUGCCGGGGGCGUGGCAGCCGGCGUCACGCUACAGAUGGGCAUGCUGGUUUUCAUCAUCAGCGGCCUCGUCAUCCUGGCCUACUGCUCCCAGGCGAGCAACGAGAGGACCUACCAGGAGGUGGUGUGGGCUGUGUGUGGCAAGCUGACGGGCGUGCUGUGUGAGGUGGCCAUUGCCACCUACACCUUCGGCACCUGCAUCGCCUUCCUCAUCAUCAUCGGGGACCAACAGGACAAGAUUAUAGCUGUGAUGGCAAAGGAGCCUGAGGGGGCCCACGGCAGCCCCUGGUACGCAGACCGCAAGUUCACCAUCAGCCUCACUGCCUUCCUCUUCAUCCUGCCCCUUUCCAUCCCCAGGGAGAUCGGCUUCCAGAAGUAUGCCAGCUUCCUGAGUGUCGUGGGCACCUGGUACGUCACUGCCAUCAUUAUCAUCAAAUACAUCUGGCCAGAUAAAGAGAUGACCCCGGGGGACAUCCUGACCAGGCCAGCUUCCUGGAUAGCUGUGUUCAACGCCAUGCCCACCAUCUGCUUCGGAUUUCAGUGCCACGUGAGCAGUGUGCCCGUCUUCAACAGCAUGCGGCAGCCUGAGGUGAAGACCUGGGGCGGUGUGGUGACGGCUGCCAUGGUCAUCGCCCUCGCUGUCUACAUGGGCACAGGCAUCUGUGGCUUCCUGACCUUUGGAGCUGCUGUGGACCCCGACGUGCUCCUCUCCUACCCCUCGGAGGACAUGGCUGUGGCUGUUGCCCGCGCCUUCAUCAUCCUGAGCGUGCUCACCUCCUACCCCAUCCUGCACUUCUGUGGGCGGGCGGUGGUUGAAGGCCUGUGGCUGCGCUACCAGGGGAUGCCGGUGGAGGAGGACGUGGGGCGUGAGCGGCGGCGGCGGGUGCUGCAGACGCUGGUCUGGUUCCUGCUCACGCUGCUGCUGGCGCUCUUCAUCCCUGACAUCGGCAAGGUCAUCUCAGUCAUCGGAGGCCUGGCCGCCUGCUUCAUCUUCGUCUUCCCAGGGCUGUGCCUCAUUCAAGCCAAACUCUCUGAGAUGGAGGAAGUCAAGCCAGCCAGCUGGUGGGCGCUGGUCAGUUACGGAGUCCUCUUGGUCACCCUGGGAGCCUUCAUCUUCGGCCAGACCACAGCCAAUGCCAUCUUUGUGGAUCUCUUGGCAUAACCACUGCCUCCCAAGGAACACGUGGCCUUUGCUGUUGGACCCAGCAUCCCAUCUCUUAGAGCUGCGGGGCCACCCUGAGUCCGGCAUCCUUCCUCCCUACUGGUGGAGUGACAUCUGGACAUCCUUUUCCAGGGACAGUUCUGGGGUUAAAUCAGGCCCCAACCUGUGGACAACUCAAACCCAGCUCCCUUCCUGUCUCCCCCAUCCUGGCAGUGCCAUAGAUGGUGGGAGGAGGUCUCAUGUCACAGAGGAACCUUCCCCCUUCCUCCAACUCUCGACUUCUCCAUGCCUGGAACCCGUGGGUGAAGAGGGCCAGGAGGUCUCAGCAGAAAGAACCCAGCCCGACCUCCCUCUGGAGAAAGGGUGGGCAAAGGGUCGUCCCCCCGAGAGCAGCCUGUCCUGAGUAGGGCUGUGCUCGUUACCCCCAGACACACUGCCUGCUCCAGUCUGUUGGCAGCCCAGCCAGCCGUGGCUUCCUCUGGGAUCUGGCAAGUUCCAAAGGGAGCACUGAAGUCGUACAAAUGCGCAGAGGCAGAGAGAUCCAUGCCUUGUCCACUCCCUCCUGGCCCCCAGUGAGCCUGACAGCCCUCUCCCAUGGCUAAGGGGCAUUUCCAAGGCUUUGGGGCCUCACGCUGUCUUGUUCCUCUGACCUGAGGGUCCAGGCGUCCCUCCUCCUCCAUCCCGACAUCACCAAGUCUAAUGUUUACAAACGGUGCCGGCCAGCCUUGAGCCAGAGCCCAGGGGCCGUCCUGUGCCACCACGGUGCUGUGAGCACACCUCCGUGAGCUUUCCCCAUGCGGGGAGUCUGCUUUUCUCUUCAGAUUCCAGACGUGCCCCUCUCUUCCGAGGCAUGAGGGUGGGUAAUGGAAAAGUCUGGGAACCUUUCAGACCCGUGCAGGCUGGGCUGGUCAGGAUCAAGGUGAGCCUGUCUGACAUCUGCACUUUCACCCACUGCUUCUCUUCUCCUGCCCUGCCAGCCCUAGCAGCAUGGUAGCCCAGAGAGAAAAAAGGCAGCCGCGUUGUCAUUAACUGGGUGACGUCUGAGUGUAGCCGCGCCAGCCUGGAAGUUUCCCUUCCACUGUGGAUCUUGUCUGCUCCUUCCCCAUUCCAUCACUUCUUCACCCCCUCCCCCAUUUCUCUAUGUAGCUCAACCUCUCCUGUGCACAUAAGUAUGCAGGUGGGGGAUUGCCAAACCCCAUCGUGUCAGCUUCCUCAGCUCCACACAUCCACCAGGCCUUCCUUCAGUGGCUUGUCGGUCACACUGAGGUCACACCCAGAUUGUGCCCCAAGCAGCAUGAGGAGGGACACUGUUCUCCCCGUUCUUGUUCCCAUUUUCAACACCUUGGCCGCUCACUUCGGUCAACCCCAGGUACCAAAUCAGGCUUCGUCCGCCUGGAGCACCAGUAUUUCCCUGGCCCCUCCUGCCCAAACCUCUGUACCAGGGAUGCAAGGGACCACCGCCCAGCAGACCCCUACUCAGGGCAGUCGGAUAUAAGAAGCAGAGGCUGGCUGGAGGCUGGAGAGGCCUCUGCUCAGUCCCCAGAACGGGCGACCUGCCUUUCCUCACGUCCCAUCUCAGCCCCCAGGGCCAGACCCACUCUGCUGUUUUCUCUCAGGCUGCUGCACAGCACCAGACCCUGCCAGCGCCCACGCCUGCCGAGGGUCGGAGGACGGCGGUCAGCAGGGCUGCACAGCCUCCUGAUGCUGGGUUUCCGGGGUGGGGGGAUGUAGGGAGAGUCACUGCACAGAACUGGACCAGUCGGGAAAAAGCUGGAAUCCGGCCUCUUGGCCUAACCUCAGGAGCCCCCUCCCUGCCAGGGCAUUUUACUGUUUCUUUUCUAUUUGUGCACAUUCAGACUGGGGAGGAUGGUUAAUAAAAAAAGGGACUUGUGCUGCUGA